AUGAGUGUUCUAUCUGACUACCUUGCUCACCUGCCUGUCAAAGGUUAUCAGCCGUUGAGGUUUGACUUUCCAAACGAAGACAUUAUGUUUAUCAGAGACUUCACUAUGUCAGGCUUCGAGAUAAGCCCUGAACCAGGAUCACGAUGGACGCUCGUGUUCGACGCUGCUUCCAAUGGUCGAGGCCAUGACAUAGGUGUUGUCAUCACUUCUCUAACCGGUUUCCACCUUCCAUUUACCGUUAGAUUAUGUUUUGACUGUACCAAUAAUAUGGAAGAAUAUAAAGCAUGUAUAUACGGUUUAGAGGCAGCCAUCGACUUCAGAAUCAAGAUUCUUGAGGUAUACAAUGAUUCAGCUCUGGUAAUAAGUCAAGUAAAAGGUGAUUGGGAGACUCGGGAUAGUAAGUUGAUACCUUACAAGGAGCAUAUCAAAAAGCGGGUACCCUACUUUGAUGAAAUCUCUUUUCAUCAUAUUCCUAUGGAAGAAAAUCAGUUAGCGGAUGCUCUAGCCACGUUGGCAUCUAUGUUCAAAGUCAAAUGGAAGAAUGAAGUACCGGCUAUCCAUAUUGACCACUUAGAUGAACCAGCGCAUUGUUUAGCAAUCGAGGUCGAUCCUGAUGAUAAGCCCUGGUUCUACGACAUAAAGACAUUUAUGGAGAAACGACAAUAUCCCGAGGGUAUAUUUAUUACUGAUAAGAAGGCUCUAGAAAGACUCUAUUCCAAAUUCUUCCUAAACGGUGAUGUGUUAUACAAGCGAAAUUAUGAUUAUGUACUGCUCAAAUGUGUGGAUAGAUACGAAGCUAGUACGAUCAUAAAAUCCAUACAUGAAGGCUGCGAUGGUGUACAUGCAAAAGGUCUUACUAUGGCUAAGAAGAUUCUUCGGGCUGGAUAUUACUGGACGACAAUGGAGAUUAACUGUUACAACUUUGUUAAAAGAUGUCACAAAUGUCAGAUAUAUGGUGACAAGAUCUUUGUGUCGCCGACUCCAUUAAAUGUUUUUACCUCUCCAUGGCCUUUUUCUAUAUGGGGUAUUGAUAUGAUUGGGAUGAUAGAUCCUAAAGCUUCCAACAGUCAUCGAUUCAUCCUAGUCGCCAUCGACUACUUCACGGAAUGA